AGUCAUUCAUUCGAGAUGUUCACGGGUAUUCACAACAGUCUUCAUUGUUUUGCCAAUAUGGACAGUUUUAUUAUUGGAAAGACGAAAUGGUGUCACAAUAGAAAUUCUAGAGUAAAAGUUCUUUCAAGAACUGUUUGGCUGCUUUCUACGGGAAGCCAAUCCACAACUCAGCGUCGUAGAGUUUUGGUUACGGGAGCAGCAGGCUUUAUAGGUUUUCACGCAGCCAAAUCGUUAAGUCAGCUAGGAGAUUUAGUUGUUGGAGUUGAUAAUUUCAAUGACUAUUACGACGAAAACCUCAAAAGACUCCGAGCACAAGUUCUGCUUCAUCAGUUUGGAAUUACACUCCAGGAUAUGGAUAUUACUGAUCAAAAGGCUCUGGAACUGCUGAUUGGAGAAUAUCAAUUCACUCACGUACUACAUCUUGCAGCUCAAGCGGGAGUUCAAUAUUCCUUGGUAAAUCCUGUUUCAUACACUAGUUCUAAUGUGCAAGGAUUCGUUUCCCUUUUGGAGGCUUUGAAAAAUAUUUGUGUAGCUAUGAAAUGGGAUUUUCCAAUUAUAGUAUACGCUUCUUCUUCUUCAGUUUACGGAAAAAACAAAAAAGUACCGUUUUGUGAAAUCGAUCCCGUUACUGCACCAGCUAAUCUAUAUGCUGUUACUAAGAUAUCCAACGAACUUUUGGCACAAGUUUAUCAUCAUCUUUAUGGUUUCAAGUUAACAGGACUUCGAUAUUUUACAGUUUAUGGUGCAUGGGGACGCCCCGAUAUGUCGUACUACUUAUUUGCUGAAGCAAUUCAUGAACAAAGAGAGCUUUUCUUGUAUCAAACUGAAGAACCUGUACUCACGAUAAAUUCUGGUUCAGUUAUGGAGCCUUGUAGAGACUUUACUCACGUAGGAGAUAUUGUAAAGGGCACUAUUGCAGCAUUGCACAAGGGACAUGACCUGGAGUUGAUCAAUCUGGGCAACUGUUAUCCUCAAAGAAUAUCUUAUAUGGUUCAGUGUCUUGAAGAUUUAUUAGGCAGAAAGGCAAUCAUAAAAUACCGCCCUUUGCCAAAAGGAGAUGUGCCUUGUACAUACGCGGAUAUUACGAAAGCAAGGCAAUUGUUGGAUUUUGAGCCACAAGUGGAUUUAAAAGAAGGGUUAAAGGACUUUUGUGAAUGGUUUAUUAGAUGGAAACAAUGGAAAGCAAAUCUUUUAUCAGUCAUGUGACAAUAGAACCAUGACUAUCUUUUCGGAUCAUUCAUAGCAAGAGACUCUUAUUGGGAUUGCAAAUGCUUAUAUACAUGUUCCGAACCCUCAGAAGCAUCAAGUUAUUUAGCCAUUUUCCAUUGGACAAGAAGCCUGUAGAAACAAAGUGGCUUGGAAUUCGCGUAGACAAUAAGACUCUUCCUAGACUAUAACAAGGUUUUUAAAAGUUAUUUCAGUCGUUUUUUCUUUCUAAGCUAGUAUAUAAUAACCAUAUGAAUUCUGAUACUCAAGUGAGUUGGAAAUUUUGGUCAUGUCUGCUAUAUUUGAAAAGCUCUUUAGCAUUCGUGGCCGUGAUAGCACCGUAAGCAAGGAAGUAAGAAGCGGUAUUGCAAAUUUUCUAGCAGCUUCUUAUGUUCUACUUCUCAACUCGCAACUUUUCUCAACAAAAGCUUCAGUACCGAGUUUUGAAGUAGCAGUUGCAACUGCUAUCACGGGUGCAAUAGGCUCCAUUUUGC